GCUUGACGCUCGAUCUCUUUACCACGCAACAAUUCCUCCCCAUGAGUCUUAAUCACUUGCUCUCAAUCUUCUCACCGUGCAAGCCAUUAUAUAUCCUCGUCGUUCGGUUCCCCGCCUCUUCUCCCAAGAAAAGUACUGUCGAAGACUCCUUGUUGGGAUAAUGGACCCUCCCACACCCUCAUCUGAACCCCCCAAGGAUCGAGAGCAAUGGCGCUUCCACGAAUUGAAUGAUCCCGAAGAGUGGAUUGAAGACUAUCGACCAGGAAAGCUUCAUCCGGUGCAUUAUGGGGAUACCUUCAAGGGCGCCCAGUACCAAGUGAUUCGCAAACUGGGCUAUGGCUCCUUCUCCACUGUCUGGUUGGCGAAAGACAAGCAAAACCAUCGCCAUGUUGCCCUGAAAAUUCCGGUGGCAGGCUCUACAGCAGGACAACAUGAGCUUGCUAUUCUGCAGCAGUUAUCCCAGUCAGCCUCAACCCACCCCGGAAGGAAGCACAUCACACACAUCUUAGACCACUUCCAGCACAUAGGCCCAAAUGGAACUCACUGUUGUAUGGUGUUUGAUAUUAUGGGCCCCAGUACGGCAAGUGCUCUGUUCAAACUGCGCCAAUUCAAGCAAGAUGGAAUAGAAUUGCCAGGCGGGGUGGGACCAUGGAUUUAUACCAACAGGUUUCCACUAUGGAUGGCCAAGUCCAUCCUUCGUCAGGCCUUGCUAGGGAUCGACUUUCUGCACCAGAAUGGUAUUGCCCAUGGAGAUAUCCAACCCGGAAACCUCUUAUUCUCCCUUAAGGACUUGAAUGCUAUUCCAGAGAGUCAAUUGGCCUGGAAAAUCAAGUCAAAGCCAGUCCAGCGCCUAGACGGCAAGCCUGAUCAGUGGGCGCCGCAGUACCUUGCUCAGAGUCGCUCAUUGACUGAAUAUGUUGAUUGGAGUGAGAGUUUGAUGAUUAGAAUAUCGGACUUUGGUGGAGCCUUUCCUUUCUCUGACCCACCAGUCAAAUCAAUUACUCCCGUCAGUCUACGCAGUCCCGAACUCGUUUUUGCGAAUAUUGUCAACAAGGACCAAGAUCUGUGGAGUCUUGGCUGUCUGGUUUUUGAAAUAGUCACCGGCAAGGCUCUUUUUGCCGUUGACUCCUUUGGCCCGGACGAAGAGACGGACGACGACCACCUUAUUCAAUUCAACGACAUCCUAGGCCCGCUCCCAAGUCACCUGCUGGCCCAAUAUCCUCGCGCUCACAUAUAUUGCAACGACAAGGGUGAAGUGACUCGGCGGUAUAUCGAAGAACUGGAGGAUGAUGAAUCUGAUAGUGACUACCCUCCCUUGCCUUGCUUGGAGGAGCAGUUUGACAAGGCGAAGCCGCCUGAAAUGGGAGAUGAGGAAGCGCAGGUUAUCAAAGUCCUCCUACGACAAAUGCUCAACUAUGACGCUGCUAAGCGGCCUUCGUCAGGAGAACUUUUACGACACCCAUGGUUCAAUUAGAGAGAUGAGCUUUCUUUGAUAGUCAUGACUCUGGAGAAGAUGUAUGUGCAACACCAAUAUAUUGAGGUAUUGAAGCGCCUGGUAGAGCCAUCCAAUUAUCUAAAUCUGGUAAAGACUUUUUCUAAUAAUACCUGUGUACUUAAUUAACAUGAAGUCGGCCCUAGAGCAUAAAUAUCC